UUAUUUAUUUAUUUAUAUACUCAAUACUUGCACACCUAAAAGUCAGUUUCCUUGUACCGUACACUCUUCAACCUCCACCUGCCAUUACUGUACGGUACUCUUCACCACAAGUUCCCUGCUCUUUUGUUCCUACUUCUUAUUGCUACCAUGUUUCCCUUAAUGAAGAAUGAUUAAAUUAUAUACUUAAGAAAAGAAGAAGAAGACAAGCCACCAUGCCCAUGAAUUUUCCCAGCUUAGAAGCUCGCAGUGAAGUGCUAGAACUUUUGGUGUUAAAAGACUUGUAGUUGUUCAUGGUUUGGAACUGGGAAGAGUUAUCUUAGUUCCUGCAAGAAGCAUUCGGUAAUUCCAAACUCAGCAGUGAAAUCAUGGUUUUCUGAGGCCAAAGUUCAUAAACCAAAGAAUGAGAAGUAUAGCAUAGCUGUUAUACUGGACCAGCUAAGGGAUGCUGAUAUAUCUCCACUAGUAGAUGUAAUAAUGGCCUUUGAGAGCUCUGAUAUGGAUGCAGUUGACUUACUUCAAGAAUCACAAGGUCGCCUCAGUGAAGAACACCUUAUGGCUUUGAUGCGUGCAGUUGACUUUAAGCUUCGAGUUGUUGAUCUACAGGAUAUGUCAUUGACCAAAGAGUUCUUGAGGGAUCUCUGUCAGGGAGGCUUGGCUUGUCAAGUUUUAAACUUAAGGACUAAUCAUAUUCAAAAGCUCGCCAUGUCUGGAAAAUUUAUACAGCUACACACCCUUAAUCUGGACUUUUGCACUGCACUCACCAGUUUGCAGCAGAGCUGUUUCUCUUGCAUGCCAAAUUUGUUACGUCUCUCAAUGUGCGAGACAAGAAUCACAAAUCUCUGGACAACUUCUGCUGCUUUAUUGAAACUUCCUUCUUUAAAAGAACUGCGGUUUCAAAAUUGUCUAUGCUGCAAGGACACAGGGGCAUGUCCAUCAUCUCGUGAGAAAGCAAGGUUUCAUGGCACUAAGAGUCAGUCCAGCCUUUGUUGCUAUGGUCAAGCACAGUCUGCUGAUAGUGAUGAUAUAUUUCAUUCUUCUACUGCAGGCGAAGCAGUUAGGGACCUGAUUUGUAAAGACGAUUCAACAUUAAUGAGUGAGUUUGGUAGCACUGAGAACACCAUGAAAGAAAAGCUUUCGAAAAACCUUCAAGAAAUUGAUUUGUUCAAACUAUCUACUGAUCUUCCUGAUUUGGAUGGAAGCAAAGAUUUUCAAAAUGAGAUUUGGGAACAAGGUGAUUUUUCUGCAAAUUUUCACAAGCAAGACUUGAAGAAUCCUGCCAUUACAUUAAGGAAGUAUAUAUCUCAUCACCCCUCACCAAUAUGCUUUGAGAAGCAUUAUCGAGACUACAUGGUUGCUUCAUUGCCUCAUCUAGAAGUACUAGAUAAUUUGCCUGUUACAAAGCUAGACAGAUUAGCUGCCAAGACUACUAGUCAAAAGUACUUUGAGUACUUACCUUAUAAAAGACAGCCAAAAGAAAGUGUUGUUAGUCUUUUGCAUAAGCGUGAGAUGGGGGGAAGUAAGACACGCAACCAGAAAAAGUCCAUGCCAAAACAGCUUCACCCUUAUCACAAUAACCAGUUGUUUUUCUCAAGGUCUCUUUGUGCUGCCAAACUCGGAUCUUCUGAAUGGCCACUCUUGCGCCCAGUAUCCAACUUUAGUGAAAAAUUUAAAGAAGAAAAUAAAAGGCCUCGUCCGAGGCAAUUUGAGUAUCAUCCUUCAGAUCCUAGUCUUAUGGUUUUUGGAACCUUGAGUGGUGAAGUCAUUGUAAUCAACCAUGAAAGUGGGAGGACCAUUAGUUAUAUCCCAUCCAUGGGAGCAAUGAGCAGUGUUUUGGGACUCUGUUGGCUCAAGAAGUAUCCAUCAAAGCUCAUAGCAGGAUCUGAUAAUGGCUCUUUGAAGUUGUUUGACAUCAAACAUACACCUCAAGAACGUGCAGAGUCCAGUUGUGGCUCCUCAAAUAUAACAUUCACAAGCUUUGAGCAAUUGACUUCUCUUCAUGUAAACUCAACAGACGACAAGUUUCUGGCUAGUGGAUACUCAAAGAACGUUGCUCUAUACGACAUUGACAGCGAAAAACGUUUACAGUUGUUCACUAACAUUCACCGAGAACCAAUCAAUGUUGCUAAAUUUGCUCACCAUUCCCCUCACCUAUUUGCUACUUCAUCCUUUGACCAUGAUGUGAAGAUGUGGGAUUUGAGACAGAACCCUUUGCAGCCUUGCUAUACAUCUUCAAGCUCGACAGGAAAUGUCAUGGUUUGCUUUUCUCCAGAUGACCUGUCUUUACUAGUGUCUGCUGUUGACAAUGAGGUUAAACAACUCUCAGCAGCUGAUGGGAGGCUCUUGAUGAUUCUUGAGAUAGCUUCAACAGGAAGUGCUUAUAACUAUACUCGUUCAUAUUAUAUGAAUGGAGGGGAUUACAUUAUUAGUGGUAGUUGUGAUGAACAUGUCAUUCGCAUUUGCUGCUCUCAAACCGGAAAGCGACUCAGGGAUGUCUACUUGGAGGAUUCGGAGUCAGGACACUCAAUGUUCGUACAGUCAUUAAGAAGCGAUCCAUUUAGAGAUUUCAACUUGAGUGUGUUGGCAGCAUCUACCCGCCCAAGCUCGAAGUGGGAGAUCAUCAAGGUCAAUAUGCUGGCAUCAUCCAAUUCUGAGGAACAGGAAGCAUUUUUUUUCUAGUUGCUACAGUCUGGGAGGUUGGCAUAUAUGUUGUCAAAGUACAUAUAUACAUGCCAAUGAUGUAAAUUGCAUAAUUUGUUUUUGGUAUUGUGCCUUUAAAACGAGAAAAACAACAAGGUUUUUUUAGGAUUGGUUGACGUAUCGUUCAUUUAAACGACAUUUGAUGAUGAAGCACAAACUUGGCCACGCUGA